UGUGAUAUCAUUGCAGUUUGAUUAACAGCUGUUGAUUCUUGAACACACCCCAGAAGUUGCGUUUGGUCCAUAAAUGUUCAACCACAGAUGGUGCGGUCCGUCCAAAAGCCAGCCAAUAGCAUCAAGCGUUGUCACCGUAGAGAAGGAAAAAAAAAUCCUGACAGUCGCCAUGAUGCUUGUUUUCUCCCUGUGAUACAGCAGCGGAAACGAGUGAAGCAAGUAGAAACAAAAGAGCACGCACACGUCCUCGCGAGUUGGUAUGCGUUUGCAGGUAAAGAUUAUCAACACAGGCGACGAGUUUAUUUGGAUGAGACAGAUCUACAACUCAUGUUUCAAAUUACUACUGCGUGGAAAUUACCGUACCUAGCUAUAUGAAGUCGGACAGUGUUACAGCAGGAAUGCCCAAAGAAAAAUAUGACCCGCCAGACCCCAGGCGGAUGUACACCAUCAUGUCAACUGAGGAGGCAGCCAAUGGAAAGAAGUCUUACUGGCCUGAGCUGGAAAUCACUGGUAAUGUCAGGAGCCUGAGCCCGUCUCUGUGGACUCUGACCCACCUCACUGCCCUACACAUCGCUGACAACUGUCUGUCACGUAUCCCACCCGACAUUGCCAAACUACACAACCUGUUGUACCUGGAUCUAUCGUCCAAUAAGAUCAGGAGCCUGCCAGCAGAGCUCGGCAACAUGGUGUCUCUCAGGGAACUGCUUUUAAAUAACAACCAGUUGCGGGUUCUGCCAUUUGAAUUGGGGAAACUGUUUCAGUUACAAACACUGGGGUUGAAAGGAAACCCACUUGCACAAGAAAUCAUGAGCUUGUACCAGGAGCAUGAUGGCACCAGGAAACUGCUCAACUACCUGCUGGACAAUCUGGCAGGUUCAAUAAAAUGCACCCCCACAGAGCAGCCCCCGUCCCGGUCGUGGAUCGCACUCCAGGAGCCUGACCAGACAAGGCCUUCUGCAUUGUUUUCUGUUAUGUGCUACAACGUGCUGUGUGAUAAGUAUGCCACACGCCAGCUCUACGGCUACUGCCCCUCCUGGGCCCUCAACUGGGAGUACAGGAAGAAGUCCAUCAUGCAGGAGAUCAUGAACUGCAGCGCUGACAUCAUCAGCCUACAGGAAGUAGAGACGGAGCAGUACUACCAGUACUUCCUGCCAGAGCUGAAGGAGCAGGGCUAUGAGGGCUUCUUCAGCCCCAAGUCUCGAGCCAGAACCAUGCAUGAGUCAGACCGCAAACAUGUGGACGGGUGCGCAGUAUUCUACAGGACAGAAAAGUUCAGCGUGGUGCAGAAACACACGGUGGAGUUUAACCAGCUAGCCAUGGCUAACUCGGAGGGUUCUGAGGCCAUGCUCAACAGGGUCAUGACCAAGGACAACAUCGGAGUGGCCGUACUGCUGGAGGUCCGCAAGGAGAUGAUGGAGGAAUCCUCGGGGAAGUCUCUGCACGGCAUGGAGAAACAGCUCCUACUGGUGGCCAAUGCCCACAUGCACUGGGACCCGGAGUACUCUGACGUCAAGCUGGUUCAGACCAUGAUGUUCCUGUCUGAGGUGAAAAACAUCGUGGACAAGGCCACGCGCAGCCUCAAACUCUCCUCUGUCUCUGGGGAGACCAACAGCAUCCCUCUAGUGCUUUGUGCUGACCUCAACUCUCUACCAGACUCUGGUGUGGUGGAGUACCUGAGUCAAGGUGGAGUGGACUGCACCCACAAGGACUUCAAGGAGCUGCGCUACCUCGACAGCCUCACCAACUUUAACUGCAACGGCAAGAACGGAAACUCCACGUCCAACUCGAGGAUCACCCACGGCUUCAAGCUGAAGAGCGCCUACGAGGACAGCCUGAUGCCUUACACCAACUACACCUUCGACUUCAAGGGUGUGAUUGACUACAUCUUCUACUCCAAGCCUCAGCUCAACGUGUUGGGCAUCCUGGGUCCCCUGGACUCCAACUGGCUCCAUGAGAACAAUAUCAGCGGCUGCCCGCACCCCCACAUCCCCUCUGACCACUUCUCCCUGUUCACCCAGCUGGAGCUGCUGCUGCCCAGCACCCUGCCCCAGGGCCAGGUCAACAACCAAGUAAACGGCGUCCACCUGCCUGGAGGCCGCAGGUAGUUGUGAGACACCACCGGGGGGAGGGGGGCGCUGUAAUUUGGUCUUCAGCCUCUCCCUCCAUCGCCUCUCUUCUUCAAACUGAAGGAGGAAGACAAGACAGGCAACCAUCCUGUUUAAAAAAGAAUCAGCCAUACAGUGAGGUCUGGCCGACAGGGAUUUCUGUUAUUAUAGAUAUAUAUUUUUUAUUUUCCUUGAUGUUGUUUUCAUUUUGAUAAUGCUAAAGUAAAUCCUGUCUGUCCAUUAUAUUAUCUUGUGUUUUAGAUCCCCCUCCCCUGUCAUUCUUACCCAUUAUGCUUUUGUAACUCCUUAACAGAUAAAGGAUGGUAGCAUCCAAUUUCCCCUUGGUCCAUUAUAGAUAUUGAGAUAGAUUUUUAGCAAUACCAGACUCUUGUUGACUUUGACAUGACCUGUGCAGUCUUGAACAAUGGCACAAGAAAAUCCCUGUGUCACUUGAGAGCUGUGGACACCCUUCACGAGGCAAGGAGAGAAAGGACACCACUUCUCAGAAUUCGAGCUGAUGGUCUGUCCUAUACCAAUCUCAAACCAGCAAAAACAGUGUUAGACUGGUCUGUCUCACUCUCCCUACCAGCCAAGGCUCGGGGUGGGCCUUUGCUUUUUGCUCCCCUGGGCUCAAUGUGAUGGUACUUAGAUAUCUACCAUAUAUCUGGAGCAUCCCAUAGGAGAGAGUAGCGCUCCUCUCUGCUACAGGGCCCAUCUCUCUGUGGGUCCACUACUGUGGUGCUCACCUGGUGCUACCAGUCCUCUGCAUUGACUAAUAGAACUCAGUCCAUUGUCUCCCUAUCCAAGUGGUGCAAUAGAAACUAACCCCACUGGUGCAUUAAGACUCACUGUUGAGGUUUUUAGAUGUAUUGUUAUCCUUUAGGACUACUGCAACCACCAAAUACACUUGUCUGGACCCACGUGUGACAAACUUAGCUCUAGUUACCGCAGGUUUGUCGGCUUGCCGGUCAGACAUAGUGCUAGAAACACAUCUGAAUUCUCUGGACUGAAACCAAAUUUAAUAAUUUUAGUUGCAUAACAUGUCAUUAGUGGCAAUCCCCUUUUGCACUCUAUUACCUCCUGUUUGCAUACGCGACGGUCAUCCAUUUUCUUGUUCAUGACUUCGUUUGGACCAGUUACCACCUUUCGUAAUAGGGAAUGGGGUUUUGGCUGAGGGGCAAGGCAAUGGGAUGGGGAAUUAUCAACACAUUUCACUUAGUUUAUUUUUUUAAGCAGAUGGAGGUCACUAGCUGAUUUACAGGAGUUUAAACCAGCAAUCCUCUCACGGUCACACACACAGAUCUUGUAGCACUGUCUCUUGAGGCCAGUAGUGACUUUCCCCCAGCCAUAAAUUCCGUACUCUACAGCAGUGGGGUUUUUCCACCAGUGUUUGUACAGAAUAUAAAUGUAGAUUCAGUCUUUACAUGAUUGUAUAUGAGCCACUAAAGACCUGUUUUCUGGCGGUUUUUGUACUGAUCUGAUUUGAGGAAAAUACAGGAUUGUAUUGUAAACUAUGACUACAUUUUUAUCCAGGAAAUGUUAAGAUUAAUUCAAAUUACCAGCUUGUACAAAAGACGUAAGGGGUUGUUCUCGGUGUUUGCCCCCCCCCCCCCCCCAGAUUAACUGUUUUGAUGUAUCAGUAUUGAUUGGUUUCCUGCUGUCGUUUUGAUUUGAGGGCAUGUUGCUCAGAUUGUAAAUAGAUCUACUGACUAAACCUCCUGAUGCUUCUAACCCAUUCUAUUAAUAAGCCUUCCUGCUACCAACCCAACCUACCAUUCCUCCAUUCACAGUUCAGGCCAUAGUAACACCAGGGCCCGUAUCCACAAAGCCUCCGAGUAGGAGUGCUGAUCUAGGAUCUGUCCAUAUUAUUCAUUAUAAUCUAAAAGACAAAACUGAUCCUUACUCUGAGACACUUUGUGGAUACCAAUAGCACCCUAGUCCCUUUAGUGCACUACUGUUGACCAGUCCUGUGUGGCUCUGGUCAAGAGUGUACUACAUGGGGAAAUAGGGUGUCAUUUCAGAUUUGUCCUAAGAGGGAUUUCACAUCACACCGCCACUAUCCCAUAAUUCCGUUGUUGUUCAACCGGAACAUUGUGCCUCACCGUCGCAGUUUGUAGUCUUGCACUAUUUACAAUCGGCGAACGCCGGAACAACCUCUUUUUAUUUUUUAAAUACUGUCGAGACAUUUGUGAAGAUUUUAUGUGCUUUUGGCUUAUGUUAGGGAUAUUCUUUUUUGUAUGAGCUGUGAGCAUGUUAUUGUGUGUGUGUGUGUGUGUGUGUGUGUGUGUGUGUGUGUGUGUGUGUGUGUAUAUCUCUCCUCCUGGGUGAGUGAUCUAGUAAUCAGGUAUGGAAUAUUUGUCUUGUUUUUUUUCUGGGGCAAAGCGAAGACCUCUUGUAAGCCCCCUCAGUUCCAUAAUGUUUUGCACCCUCCUUGUACUCUAGAACCCCUUUAUAGUUCCCUAUCCCCAUAGCCACCUAGCCUCUCUUGACCCAGCCCCGGCCUCCACCACAGAUCUGAAAUCUGAAUCUACAAAAGCAUGUUCCCCUAUAACCCCCCCAGCCCCAUGUCUUGCCCCCUUAACGGUCAAGUGUAUUCCUUUAGUCCUGUCUUUUUAACCCCUCUACUGAAGCCCCUGUAUGGUUUCAGCCACUCUGGUACCAUCUGUAGGGCAGGCUGUCAGGUGGCCCACACAGACAUGUUGCUAUUAUCUGUUUUAUCACCGGGACCAAAACAUGAAAUAUGUCAAUGGUGACUGACACUGCUGCAACUGUCACAUUUUUAACAGGAAAUGUAAUGAUGCACACUUAUGAUAGUUGCCCUGUCUAUCCCACAAUGAUUUGUCAAUUAAAUAAAAUAUGAUCACCUUUUUAAAGUAAAUAUGAUACUGAAGCCACUGUGCUAAAGUUUGCAUUUUAUGAAUUUUUACAGAGGAGAAAGAUUGAAAUAUUAAUGUCCUUGUUUAAAAGCUGUUUUCUGUCCCUACUUUCCCCAUUUGUUUUGAACAGAAACCAAUGUCUGGUUUGAUAACCCUGAAUUGCUGAUACUGUUGUAGUAGCUUUUUUGUAAAGUGUGAAUAAAAUAUGUAUCAUGUUUCCUUUCUAAAA